AUGUCCCAGCUUGAAAUCCCAGAACUCAAACAAUUUUUAGAGAAGCUAUCCCUUGAUGGAAAGUACAAAUUAUUCCUUGCCAAUGGAAUAAAGCAAGUUGAACAUUUAAGGGAUAUCCAAGAAUCAGAUAUCACUUUACUGGAAUUAACUGCUUUUGAAUGGCAAAGACUUCAGCAAGAGACACAACAAACAUUGGAGGACACCACUCGGAGUGUAAAAAAGACAAGUAUUCCAGCAUACAAGACAUCAACAGCUUCAAAAGUUAUUUCUUUGCCUAAAGCAUUUAAAAAUUUCUUUGAAACGAGAGAUGGGCAAGGAAACAUUGUAGUUUCUACAAAACCGCUGAAGAGGAAGUUUAAAGACCUUUGGUACGAAAAUCCAUGUACACAAGCUCAAGAAUUCUCCACUUCAAUAAUUUUGCAAAUGGCUGAACAGUGA